AUGCUCUAUCUCGUAGGCCUCGGUCUGUCCGAUGAGACGGACAUCACCGUCAAGGGUCUCGAGGUUGUCAAGAAAGCUUCAAGGGUCUACCUCGAAGCCUACACCAGCAUCCUCCUAGUAGACCAGUCCGUCCUGGAGAACUAUUAUGGGCGAUCAAUCGUAGUUGCCGACCGCGAGAUGGUCGAGUCGAACAGCGACGAGAUCCUCCGCGACGCCCAGACCGAGGAUGUAGCCUUCCUCGUCGUCGGCGACCCCUUCGGCGCCACCACCCACACCGACCUUGUCCUGCGGGCGCGCGAGCUCAAGAUCCCUGUACGAACCGUACCCAAUGCCUCCAUCAUGAGCGGAAUCGGCGCCGCGGGCCUGCAGCUGUAUAAUUUUGGACAGACGGUCAGCAUGGUCUUCUUCCUGGACAACUGGCGCCCGAGCUCGUUCUACGACCGCAUCAAGGAGAAUCGAACCAUUGGCCUGCACACUCUGGUGCUGCUUGACAUCAAGGUCAAGGAGCAGAGCUUAGAGAACAUGGCGCGUGGUAGGAGGAUAUACGAGCCGCCGAGGUACAUGACUGUGGGUCAGUGUGCCAGCCAGAUGCUGGAAAUUGAGGAAGAGAGGCAAGAAGGCGUGUAUGGGCCAGACAGUCUAGCCAUUGGAGCGGCGAGAGUUGGAGGCAAGACGGAAAAGUUCGUAUCAGGAACGCUGAAAGAGCUUUGUGACCAGGACGAAGAGCUUGGGGCUCCGUUGCAUAGUCUGGUUCUCCUUGGUCGCAGGACACAUGAGCUGGAGCAUGAAUACGUCAGGGAGUUUGCGGUAAAUAAGGAGACAUGGGAUAGGAUAUGGAAAGCAGACUACGAGGGCAAGCAAUAA